CUCAGCAGCUGUGAUAACCGCAUUGUCCGCCGCUUUAGUUCUCUACUAUAACAUUUAUUUAUUAUUAAUAUUUAAUUUUCAUAUUAUUUGCUUGUUAGUUGUUACUUGUUUGUGAUAUAGGUAUUUAUUAUAUUGUCGAUUGUAAUAUUAACUAAAAUAUAUUAUAUUGUAACGUCGUCAACGAUAAUGUCGUGGUUUUCUUCUAUGAUUUCGUCGUAAAAUACUAUCGCUCCUGACCAGUACCUAUCAAGAAUUACCUAACCUACCGGCUAUCAGUCGUUAUUAAAUCGCCUUUUCGUGUCGAACAAAACAUUUAAAUUAUUUACUGUCUACGAAUGACGACGGACGGUCGCACGUCGAUGACCGCGGAGCCGUGUGAAAGGUCCGGCGAAGCGGCCGCCGCUUGAUCGCAGAACCAUGUCGGCGUCGAAUCAUGGACCGCUCCGGACCACUGCCGCCGCCCGGCGCCUCCGACGUAACGCUGUCGGUGGACAGUUCCAAGGGACGUCUGGUGGUCGACCGGAUGGACUCCAUCAGGAACCUGUUCGGGUGUGAGUUGCGGAUCGUCAACCGUGGUGGCGGGACGUCCGCGCCGGCGGUGGUUUUCGCCGUUACCAUGCUGGACGAAUACGACAAGGCGCCGGACGAUCGUUUGAUCGAUCGGCUAAAGUGUUACGUGGACUCGUUGGACGAACUGCAGCUGCAGACAUUGGACGAGUGCAGCAACGACGAUUCGAGCUACGACUCGGACUUUGGAGGCGACGACGAUGCCGUCGGCGGACCACACUUUGGCGGCCACCACGACGACGUCAGCCGUACCACGUCGGACACGCUCGGUGCAGAGUACGCGGAAUACGUGAGCGCGGCCGCGUACAAGUCGAGGGUGGACUUUGCGCUUAAGCUCGGCUACACCGAACGUCUGGUGCAGACGGCAAUCAGCAAGCUGGGCCCCGAACCCACACAGGAUCAACUGUUAGCCGAACUGAUCAAGCUCGGAGCGCAAUGUGGUCAUAGGUUGCACUGCGAGUCGGACGGCGAAGAAGCGCAGUCGAAUAACACCAACGACUCGUUGCUUAGUCCCCAAGCGCCCAAACUCCGGCACGUCGUCAUCGACGGUAGCAACGUCGCCAUGAGCCACGGAAACAAAGAAACGUUCUCUUGUCGAGGCAUUAAAAUCUGCGUUGAUUGGUUCCGGAUGAGGGGCCACACGGACAUCACAGUGUUUGUGCCGAAGUGGCGAAAAGAAGCUUCGAGGCCCGACAACAGGAGGAUCAUUGACCAAGAUAUCCUGACGGAAUUGGAGCGCGCUAGGAUGCUGGUUUUCACCCCUUCCAGAGAAAUCGGCGGCAAGCGCAUGGUGUGCUACGACGAUCGGUACAUUCUGCGUUUGGCCUCGGAACUAGACGGCGUUGUCGUGUCGAACGACAACUACCGAGAUCUGGCCAACGAGAGUCCUGCGUUCCGUUCGGUCGUGCAAAACAACAUACUCAUGUACUCUUUCGUCAACGACAGGUUCAUGCCGCCGGACGAUCCGCUGGGCCGUUCAGGUCCUACUCUAGACGUGUUCCUCCGGAGCAAAGCGCCGGGCGUCGGUCUGACAGCCGUCAGCGCGGAGACGUGUCCGUACGGCAAAAAGUGCACGUACGGCAACAAAUGCAAGUUCAGUCACCCCGAGCGUGGUCUGCAGCCCGUCAAGUCCGUUACCGAGCGACUGAUGGAACACGCGCAGCGGCAGGGCUCGGCCGGCCGACAGAUCAAGGGUAAGUCUGUUAGCCUGCCGCUGCAGCAGUCCGGCUGCAACAACCAGCAGAAGAAGCCGCUGGCUCGGACUAUGUCCAACGUCCCGCCGACGACCACCCACCACAAUCACUCCAACCACCCGCACUGGGUGGGCGGCGGAGCGUGGACGACGACGCCGCCGAGCCCGAACAACUACAGGAGCAAGCCCGCCGAGUCAUCAGAGUCCGAGGACUGCAGCAACUUGCACCACAAGCUGCAACGGCAGCUCACGCUGAACCCGACCUACGACCCAAGACUGGUUCAUCUGCGGCAGAGCCAGCACUGCAAUGUGACGAGGAUAGCGUCAGCGCCGCCUGUGCCCAUGAUGCGGCCGCAGCCGUCGAUGAACUUGCCACCGCACACGAUGGUGGCUGCCAGCUGUUCGGAUCCGCAGAUAUUUCCCGGUUACCACGAAGCCAGGCAAAAGCUGUACUAUCAUUUAUCAUCGAUAUUCCCUGAGGAACAGGUGUCAGCAGCCAUGCAGUACUACCCGAACGAGACUAACCCACAGAAGAUUUGUGCGGCUAUCUUGAACAUGUUCUCGAAGACAUGAUGUGUAUGUGCUCAGCGCGGAGUUGCAUGUCCAACACGCGACCUUGUCCGCUCACAAGUGAUUUUGUCUAACAAUAUAAUAUUAUAUUAGCUUAUCGACAAGACGACGACACUCGAUACAAUGUAUCUAAUUAUUUGUGUUGAUUUAUUUUUAAAUCAUGUAUGAUAUUUGUGUAGACUAUUAUGUUAAUUUUGUAUAUGUUAAUUUUAAGUUGAUAUUUUUCUAUGUUUUUGUUAACCUGUGUCAAAUGUACGGCAAUCGCGGUAUUAAUAAUAAUACAAUUUUAAUUUUAUAA